UCCUUCCUAUUCAUUGGUCAGCCUAGGAAGGUGACCUGUCUCCUCAGACAAACCGUGUUUGGCAUCACCUUUACUGUCGCAAUUUCCUCUGUGUUGGCUAAAACCAUCACUGUUGUUCUGGCCUUCCUGGCCACCAAGCCAGGAAACAGGAUGAGGAGAUGGAUAGGGAAGAGGCUGGCAGUAUCGGUCAUCAUUCUCUGUUCACUUAUUCAAAUUGGCAUCUGUGCUGUGUGGCUGGCAACCACUCCCCCUUUCCCAGAGUUUGACAUGCACUCUCAGAUCAGUGAGAUCAUUGUGCAAUGCAAUGAAGGCUCAAACACCAUGUUCUACAUCGUCCUGGGCUACAUGGGUUUUCUGGCCAUCAUCAGCUUCACUGUGGCCUUCCUUGCGAGAAAGUUACCUGAUAGCUUUAAUGAAGCCAAGCUGAUCACCUUCAGCAUGCUGGUCUUUUGCAGUGUUUGGAUGACCUUUGUCCCAAGCUACUUGAGCACCAAGGGGAAAUACAUGGUGGCUGUGGAGGUCUUCUCCAUCAUGGCCUCUAGUGGUGGACUGUUGAGUUGUAUCUUCCUUCCCAAAUGCUACAUUAUUAUUCUUAGACCUGAUCUGAACACCAGAGAGCAACUAGUAAGGAAACAAUAUUGA